GUACAAAUUGCCUCUUGAGUUUCGGUACUUUUAAAAUUACCAAUAUCAAUAUUAAUGAAUAUCUGCAGUGCACGAACCUAUCGACCAAGUUCGCGUUUAUCCGUAGUCAGUACGUAUUCAAGUCUUAUUCACAAGCUGCACUACCUCGAGAGCUUGCGAUGCAUUCGAGACAGAAGCCCGCCUGGCGAUUGAUAACCCAGUGCCCUGCGCGCUCUUGUUUACUGCUGCAGAAUAGUUUGUGUAGAUACCGACUCGCUGUGUUUAUCGACGCAGAUAAACACCCGCCGACUGACAGGACAUCCUUUUUCUUAUGUUUUACAGCGAUUAAUUUUAUAACUGCCGUAAGAUCACGUUUGGUUCGUAGUGCGACGUAUUGACUUUCUUCCUAAAGCCCUUGGAAUCCAUAAGCACAGAAAUGGCGGUUGACACUAAAGUUUCACUCGUCUUAUCAAGCAUCGUGACAUUGUUGCUCUUCUCUGGAAUGCAAAUAUAUAAACCUUGGCUCAUAUCUACAAAACUGCAUGUUGUUAUAGCAGGAUAUAUUGGGUCAAUGGUGUUUUUGUUUUCACUCACUGCUUUAGGAAAUUUAGAAACGAUCCUGUUUGGAAGAUCAUUCCAAGUAAAAUUUAUCCCUGAAGUUUUCACUGCACUGGUUUUUGCUUUAAUAUCAGCUGGGCUAGUGCAUCGUGUUGCAACUACAGUCUGUUUCUUUUUCUCAAUGAUGACUCUAUAUUUUCUCAAUAGAAUUUCUCAAGAAACAUAUUCAUCGACUGCACAUCCACCAACUGCUAAUAUUCAAAUGAAGAAAAAGAAAUAAACCUGUGAUUUAAGUAUAAUUGAUAAAUGUAAUAAGGAGAAUAAAUUUUUUACCA